GACCAAGGCGGAGUUGGAUUUUCGACAUUGUGCUUUCGACAUUUUUGUUUUCGACAUUUUGCUUUUCGACAUUUUCACUUUCGACAUUUGACAACCAAACCAUUAUGAUUUAGAUGCUCUUGAACUUUCAAUGGCUAUGCCACAUGAUUAUGAACGUGAUAUUCAAAUGGAAAGUACGAUUAUUCGUGUGGGUAGUUCAAUAUUUGGAGUUCGUCAUUGA